GCUCCACCAGUCCGUCCUAUAAGCAACUAAACUACAGGUCCAAGAAACCAUAUGACCAAAGAAACUAGACUUUGUUUGCUUUCUUUGUAGCCGAUAAACAGCUUUUUGGGGUAGGGCGAGCAGAGCAUUUAAAGAGAGCAAUAAAAUUGAGUUUCUUGCUUCAUAAAGAGAAGGAAACCGAAGAUAUCAGAUUUUUCAGUAUCUGCUUCCGUUUGCCGUUUUUAUAUUGCAUGUGUCAUGUGAAGUUGAGGAUGUCCAGUUGAGGGUUAUAAAAGAAAGAAACUUCACUUUUUGAGCAAUACCCAUCUCAGAUUUCCUCAACAUGAGACCAAAGAUUUAUCUUUUUGGUGACUCUAUCACUGAAGAGUCCUUUGAUGAUGGAGGCUGGGGUGCUUCUCUUGUUCACCUUUUUUCUCGCACGGUUGAUGUGGUGCUGAGAGGGUACAGUGGGUACAAUACAAGAUGGGCUUUGAAGGUGAUGGAGAGGGUUUUUCAGCCAGCGGAGAGCGGAGGAGAUUGCGGUGCACCGCCAUUAGCUGUAACGGUGUUUUUUGGAGCUAAUGAUGCUUGCCUUCCGGAUAGAUGCUCUGCAUACCAGCACGUGCCUCUCCCAGAAUACAAGCAUAACCUUCACGCCAUUUUCUCAUUUUUCAAGGCUCGCUGGCCAAAUGCGAUUGUUCUUUUCAUCACUCCUCCUCCAAUUGAUGAAGCUGCACGCCUCCGGUAUCCUUAUGUUGAGAAUCUGCAGGGUCUGUCCGAGAGGACGAAUGAAGCUGCUGGUGCUUAUGCCAAGGCAUGUAUUGCUGUUGCAGAAGAAUGUGGGUGCCCUGUGGUAGAUAUCUGGACCAAGAUGCAGCAAAAUCCUAACUGGAAAAAUGCUUGUCUAAGAGAUGGUUUGCACCUAACUCAGAGCGGAAACAAGAUCGUGUUCGAGGAAGUGGUCAAGAAGCUCAAGGAACGGGGCUUGAGCGUAGAGAUAUUGCCAAUUGAUCUCCCACUCAUAGCUGAUAUUGACCCUAAGGAUCCACUCAAGUCAUUUCAGGAAUAAGAUGAUUGCAUUUCAUUGUUAAUUGAGCAAUUAAAUGGCUACAAAAUUAUUGUAAAUAAAAGCCCAAGAGAGUGAUAUCUGGCUGCUGUUCUAAAAGCAAAUCUCUUUUGGUGAAAAAGAACAGUUUCUCUACUUAAUUAAAGACGGCGAUUAAUUACUCUCUCUUAAA